CCAUGGCCCUCGUAGCGGGCUCCUUGCCGAUCACGGCAAAUCUGCCUACGAAUUAUGAAUACUACACGUCAGGCGGUAUUAACAGAGGCCUUAGCGCGGACCAGAGUUAUUUCACGCUCAAUGACAAGCUCGUAAGAAUUUAUAGUGGAGCUAUGCACUAUUUCAGGGUCCCGAGGGCGUAUUGGAGAGACAGGCUAAAGAAAAUCAGGGCGGCUGGCUUGAACACGGUGGAGUCUUACGUGCCGUGGAACUUGCACGAGCCCGAGACAGGCAAAUUUGAUUUUGGAAACGGCGGCUCGGAGAUGGAAGAUUUUCUGCACCUCGAGGAAUUUUUGCAGACUGCAAAAGAGGAAGACCUUUUUGUCAUUUUGAGGACCGGCCCUUAUAUAUGCGCAGAAUAUAAUUUUGGCGGGUUUCCGAGUUGGUUGUUGAGAGAAGAAACCGUCGGAUUUAGGACUUCCGAACCCACUUAUAUGAAAUAUGUAACCAGAUACUUUAACGUUCUCCUCACACUAUUGGCAGCUUUUCAAUUUACCAAAGGUGGACCCAUCGUCGCGUUCCAAGUUGAAAAUGAAUACGGUAACCAAGAAUAUGGGGAUGUGUUUCAACCGGAGAAAGCGUAUUUAGAGCAACUACGGCAACUUUUUAUCAGUAACGGCAUACAGGAACUAUUAGUAACUUCGGACAGUCCAUUAUCUCAUGGGGACAAAGGUACUCUACCGGGAAUCUUCCUGCAAACAGCAAACCUCGGAGACGGUGCCGACGAACAACUAGACAAGUUGGAAGAAUUACAACCGGGAAGGCCUCUGAUGGUUAUGGAGUUCUGGGCCGGGUGGUAUCAGUACUGGGGAGAGAACCAAGCCGGAAAAACCGACGAUAAAACUAGAUCUGUUCUAAAUCACAUCGUCAGCCGCAAUGCAUCUUUUAACGUCUACGUCUUCCACGGAGGCACCAACUUUGGAUUUAACAAUGGAGCAACGAUGGGAAACUCGCUUCUGGAUAAUGCCGGUUACAAAGCGAUCACCACGAGUUACGAUUACGAUGCCCCGCUAAGUGAAAAUGGAGAUUACAGGACGAAAUAUACAAUAAUCAAAGACAUGAUCGUCCCAGCUAAUCCUGUCCAAACAUAUCUGCCCGACCAACCGGAGGUUAUCCCGCCGGUGGCCUAUAACAACAUCCAAAUCAUUAGGCAGCUGCCUCUGGAUUCGAUUAUAGAGUAUAAUUCGCCCUAUACAAUGGAGAGCGAAAAUGUUAUUGCCAUGGAAAAAUUGGACAUAAAUCAUAACUCCGGUCAAAGUAACGGUUAUAUCGUUUAUAGGAAAGAAAACUUGGAUUUAAGCGCUAACGCCGUUCUGAAGAUCGCAGGCCACGUCUGCGACACCGUAGUGGUUCUCGUGAAUGGGAAUCUCAUCGGGCCGAAGCAAUUCAAGUAUUUGUCCGAUCUGAAGGAAUUUGGCUUUGCCUGGAAAGCGGACCCGACCAUCACCCUAACAAACGAAGCGUUGCGCGGCGCCACAUUGGAUAUUAUUGUGGAAGAAAUGGGACGAAUGAACGGAGGCAAGAUAACUCAGUACAAUCACACGUUCAAAGGGCUUUGGCAAGGCGAUGUGACUAUCGAUGAUGUAAAAAUCACGAACUGGAAAAUAAUACCUUUAGAACUUAAAAAAUAUUGGGUUAAUCAUCUACAAGAAUGGCAAAAUUACACUACAGGACAUGUCGGACCGACGAUGUACAACGCUCUGCUGCGCAUCAACGAUGAGGCGAGAGAUACGUUCGUAGACUUGCGGGGGUGGGGCAAAGGAAUGGUAUUUGUCAACGGAUUUCCAUUAGGUAGAUAUGCAGCCCUGGGACCCCAACAAACGCUCUAUUUGCCGGCACCGUUUUUGACCACCGGUUACAAUUACAUCAACAUGUUUGAACAUUUCUAUGCGCCCGACGACGGUCAAGUCAGAUUUUCUGCAGAACCGAUUUAUGUGGACGUCCAAUAAUAUAACACAAUAAUACAUAAUCGGUAAUAAUAAUGUACACUCUGUUUACAAUAUAUUAUAUUGAAA